AUGACGGUGAUGCUUGUUGAUCUGCCACAGACGACGAUCAUGGUUGUUGAUUCGCUACAAAACGAAGACGACGAUGGUCGUGAUUCACCACAGACGAAAACGACAGCGGCGCUGGUUGUUGAUCCGCCACAGACAACGGCAUUGGUUUUUGAUCCGCUACAAACGACGGUGACGAUGGUUGCUAAUCCACCACAGAUGGUGGUCGCUAAGAACCUAGUCAUGGUCAUGGGACAAGUAUUGAAAGAUUUUCAAUAUGUGUUCACAAUGAUGGUGGACGGUGGUGGGAGAGGUAGGUGUCCGAUGGUGGUGUUGGUGGUGACCUGA